UAAAAAAGCCGUCCUCCAAAAAUAUUUCGUUUCCCUACAUCCUCCCUCUAUAAACCCGCUUUUUACUUGUUGACUUAUUUUCCAUUCAUUUAACUUUUUCUAAACUCUGCUUUUGUAAACAGCAAAAUAUGACUUAUUUUCAGCGCUUUUUGUUAGUACUAUCGGGUCUGCGCGUUUUACUGGCGGUUGAUUUGGAUUUGUUGGGAACAAGCCACUUCUUCAUAGACCUGAUUGCUCCAGAAGUAAUCAACUACAAGGAUCCGUGCAAAGCUGCUGCCUUCCUUGGAGACAUUGCUCUAGAUGAGGAGGACCUGCGUUUGUUUAAGGUGGACCGUAUUCUGGAUCUUACUCAUAGGACCAUCCAGACCUUCAAUCACACAGAUUCAAAAGUGAAUGGUUCCGGGUCCAGUGAGAGCAGCAGGAAUGACACGUCGCCACACAGCCGGGUUUCACCUCGCAGGAGGAGGGCUGCUACCUCCAGACCAGAGCGGGUUUGGCCAGAUGGGGUCAUUCCAUAUGUGAUCAGUGGGAAUUUCAGUGGCAGCCAGCGAGCAAUAUUCCGUCAGGCCAUGCGUCACUGGGAGAAGCACACCUGUGUGACCUUCAUUGAGAGGACAGCAGAGGAGAGCUACAUAGUCUUCACUUAUCGACCAUGUGGGUGCUGUUCCUAUGUGGGCAGGAGGGGCGGAGGUCCCCAGGCUAUCUCAAUAGGAAAGAACUGUGACAAGUUCGGCAUCGUUGUGCAUGAGCUCGGCCAUGUGAUCGGCUUCUGGCACGAACAUACACGUCCUGACCGUGAUGAGCAUGUCAGUAUUAUCAGAGACAACAUCCAGCCAGGACAAGAGUACAACUUCCUGAAGAUGGAGCCAGGGGAAGUGGACUCUCUUGGGGAAGUGUAUGACUUUGACAGCAUCAUGCAUUAUGCACGGAACACCUUUUCCAGAGGCCUUUUCCUCGAUACCAUUCUGCCCCGAUAUGAUGUGAACGGAGUCAGGCCUCCCAUUGGUCAGAGGACUAGACUGAGCAAAGGGGACAUCGCCCAGGCUCGCAAACUCUACAAGUGUUCAAAGUGCGGUGACAGCCUACAGGACAGUAGUGGAAACUUCUCUUCUCCUGGUUUUCCCAAUGGGUAUGCAGCCUAUGUCCACUGUAUCUGGAGGAUCUCUGUCACACCUGGAGAGAAGAUCAUUUUGAAUUUUACCUCCAUGGACCUCUACAGGAGUCACUUGUGCUGGUAUGACCAUGUGGAGGUCCGAGACGGGUUCUGGAGAAAAGCCCCUCUGAAAGGUCGUUACUGCGGGGACAGUCUACCUGGCCCAGUUGUUUCCACGGACAGUCGGCUAUGGAUAGAGUUCAGGAGCAGCAGCAACUGGGUGGGCAAGGGCUUCUCAGCCAUGUAUGAAGCCAUCUGUGGAGGAGAAGUGAACAGGGACAAUGGCCAGAUCCAGUCUCCCAACUACCCGGACGACUACCGACCCAACAAAGUGUGCGUGUGGAAGAUCACAGUAGCGCAGGAAUUCCAUGUUGGCCUCUCCUUCCAGUCAUUUGAGAUUGAAAGGCACGACAGCUGUGCCUAUGACUACCUGGAGGUGAGAGAUGGGGACUCAGAGAGCAGUCCAUUGCUUGGACGCUUCUGUGGCUACGAUAAACCAGAUGAUAUUAAGACCAGCUCUAACAAGCUCUGGAUGAAGUUUGUGUCUGAUGGGUCAGUGAACAAGGCCGGAUUUGCCGCAAACUUCUUCAAAGAGAUGGAUGAGUGCUCCAAGCUUGAUAAUGGUCGCUGUGAGCAGCGUUGUGUGAAUACCCUGGGCAGCUACCGGUGUGCCUGUGACCCUGGCUUUGAGCUGGCUUCAGACAGACGCAGCUGUGAGGCAGCUGCGUGUGGAGGCUUCAUUACCAAGCUGAACGGCUCCAUUACCACCCCCGGCUGGCCCAAAGAGUACCCCCCCAACAAGAACUGUGUGUGGCAGCUAGUGGCUCCCACCCAGUACCGUAUCACCCUGCUGUUUGACAUCUUUGAGACAGAGGGCAACGAUGUAUGUAAAUAUGAUUAUGUGGAGGUGAGGAGUGGACUGACUGCUGACUCCAAGCUUCAUGGGAAGUUUUGUGGAGCAGAGAAACCAGAGACAAUCACUUCUCAAAAUAACAACAUGCGAAUAGAGUUUAAAUCAGACAACACAGUAUCCAAGAAGGGCUUCAAAGCACAAUUCUUCUCUGACAAGGACGAAUGCUCUAAGGAGAAUGGGGGCUGCCAGCACGAGUGUGUCAACACUUUCGGGAGCUACAGUUGUCAGUGUCGCAGUGGUUUUGUUCUCCAUGACAAUAAGCAUGACUGCAAGGAAGGUACAGCCGGCUGCGAUCACGUGGUGAGCAGUGUGUCGGGCAUCAUCACCAGCCCCAACUGGCCUGCCAAGUACCCAAGCAAGAAGGCCUGUACCUGGGCUCUCUCCAUCACCCCGGGCCACCGCAUCAAAAUGGCUUUCAAUGAGAUCGACAUGGAGGCUCAUUUGGAGUGUGCCUAUGACCACCUAGAGGUCUACGAUGGUCGAGACGGCCGAGCCCCCAGUCUGGGACGCUUCUGUGGCACCAAGAAACCAUCACCAGUUAUCUCCAGCAGCAACAAGAUGUUCCUACGUUUCUUCUCUGAUAACUCUGUCCAGAAGAGAGGUUUUGAGGCUUCACACAGUGCAGAGUGUGGAGGGAGCCUUAAAGCUGAGGUCAAGACCAAAGAUCUUUACUCCCACGCCCAGUUUGGGGAUAACAACUACCCAGGGGCCUCCGAUUGCCAGUGGGUGGUCUCAGCUGAAAAAGGUUACGGAGUAGAGCUCAUCUUCCAAACCUUUGAGAUUGAGGAAGAGGCAGACUGUGGCUACGACUACAUGGAGCUCUUUGAUGGUUCUGAUGUCAAGGCCCCGAGGCUUGGUCGCUACUGCGGAUCUGGGCCCCCUGAGGAGAUCUACUCUGCUGGGGACGCCAUCGUUAUAAAGUUCCAUUCUGACGACACCAUCAAUAAGAAGGGCUUCCAUGUACGGUACACCAGCACAAAGUUCCAAGACACACUGCACGCAAGCCAGUGAAGCCCUCAAGACUGAAGAGGAAACUGUGCAUCCCAGCGCUUUGACACUCCCGGUUCCCUAAAGGGUCACAGGCUUGGAUAGCAGACCCCACCAGACCCCCCCCCACAACCCACUCGAUGCCCAAAGCCAGCCCCGUUACCCUUUAAUCGCCACUGUAAGGAGUCAAGCCAUGCUGCAGUAGAGAGCUUUUUCAAGUUUGUUUCAUUUAGAUUAAAUUAGAUGAGAGGGGGGAUAUGUGGAGAAAACUGAAAUAAAAUUCUCCAAAUUAUUGUAAUUUCUGUUUCAAAUAAAAAAUCCUACAGGCCUGAAGGGCUACGGAUGGGUGAUGGGAUUAAUUUAUACAAAAUAGGAAGGAGGGAAGGAUUAGUUUAUAGAAAACAGGAAGGAUGGUGGAAUUUGUUAAUAGGGAACAGGAAGUCUGGUUGAAUUAAUUUAUAUGAAACUGGAAGGAUUGUGGGAUUACUAUAUAGGAAACAGGAAGGAAACAGAAUGGAAGAUAGGGUUAUUUUAUAGGAAGCAGAAAGGAUGGUGGGGUUACUUUGUGGGAAACAGGAAGGAUGGUGGGAUUACUUUAUGGGAAACAGGAAGGAUGGUGAGAUUACUUUAUUGGAAACAGGAAGGAUGGUGGGAUUACUUUAUGGGAAACAGGAAGGAUGGUGGGAUUACUUUAUGGGAAACAGGAAUAAUGGUGGGAUUACUUUAUGGGAAACAGGAAGGAUGGGGGGAUUACAGGAAACAGAAAGGAUAUUGGGAUUAUGUUAAUACGUUAUAGGAAACGGGAAGGAUGGUGGGUUUAAUUUAUGGGAAACAGGAUGGAUGGUGACUUUAUUGGAUACAGGAUGGUAAGGUCUAUAGGCUCUCCAGUGCCCCGAUCAUGUCCUGCCUGGAUUCUGAACCUUAACUUCUUGGUACCUUACCACCUUAAGCUUGGUGUGUCUUUGACAAAUGGUUCAUUCCUGAAUAGGAAUAUUUACUCUUGACUUUAACUAUUGGCACUGUAUUGUAUUAAAUAUCAUUAAGGGUUGGAUAUUGAUGAUUAGCAGGAUCUGAUAGUAAUGGGAACGUGUUUUGAGCACACAGUUGUAAUUAGUAUGGUCCUCUAAAGCAGGACAGGAAUAUUUUUCCCCUCAUGAUUGAUGUUAGGAGGGCAUUUGUUGGUAAUCUUUUCAAAGGCUAGGCUAAUAAACAUAGUGUACUGUGAUCAUCUGUUCUUUUCAUCAUUUGUUUCUGUGAUUCAGUCCAAAUAAACCUCCAACAUAGUCA